CUCCUGUAACACACCACUGCGGCACCACGCUCGGUGAAAAGACGUCACCAUGUUUUCGUGGAUUACGGGCCCACGCAUUACCAAUGUGAUAGAGGACCUGCAGCCUGAAAACAACUACGAGUCCACCUUCAUUGAGCCGCCAGAAACACCGGCCCACCAGUUCGCCGUCAAAGCCUUCAAGCAUGCCAUAUUCGGGACGCCUGCGCCUCAGGAGGCAGACGAUGCAGCAAAGAAAGGCGAAAGGAAGGCAAAGGUAAAUGCAGCAAACGCAAAGGUCUUCGACAUGCCCGCGCCCAGGGAGACUGGCCCGUCCAUGUCCCCGUCAAAACAGCCAGGCGGCAUCCUCAUGACGCCAGGCACCGCCAGCAAGGGAAGGAAGCAGGUGUCGUUUGGCUCGCAGGUCGUGGACAACGAGGGCAAGCGCGGCAACAUUGGCAGGAGCGGGAUUCCCAACGACUGCCCGGGCAAGUUUCCCAGCCCCUGGACUCCCGGCACGCAAUUGAAACUCGAUCCUGACAGCGAACAACGGCCGCGCACUCGCCUCACCGCAGCCCUGCUAGACGCACGCACGACCACGCAGCCGAAAUUGGGGCAAAAGCCCAAGGCGAGGGACGAUAGCGACAUUACAAUAGAUUUGGGGGCUCCACGAUCCGAGUCGGGCAAAUACUGGAAGGAGCAGUACGAGAGCUAUGCGGAAAAGAGCGAAAAGGAGAUGAAAAAGGUCAUUGCCAAGCAGCAACUGGCCAAGAAGUUUGCCAUGAAGAAAGACGGCGAGGUGACGGAACUAGUGACCAAACUGGAACAAGAGCGCAAGAGGUAUAGGCAACGUGAAAUGGACCUGGAGCAGCAGAACAAGGACUUGCAGGAGCGUCUUCGUCAGGCUAUGGCCGAGAACAUGUCCUCCAGCAUCGAGAUUGCAACUCUCAAGGCACGGCUAGCGGUCCUGGAGGGCUCAGCUGCCGUGCCUGCAUCCGAAAUCCAACAGAACAAAGCUCCAUUCGAAAUAUAUGAGGAUGCUGCUAAAGACAACUCACGGCCUCCUUUGCGCGGGCUGGACUUGGACCAUGAAGCCUCGUUUGCUCCGUCCAACAGCAUGGCUUCCUCUACCAAGGAGAAUACCUCACCCAGGUCUCAUCGUCAACGCCGUGGUACUAUUCCUGACACGCUGCAUCGGCCAACCCCUCCUUCUAGACUUGGUAUAGCAGAGGGAGAAGCCUCCAUCAUUCUAGGAAAGUCGCCCCGCGGACAUCAGCGCCCCUUUGAAGCUACUCUGGACAAGGCGCUUGGAACUACUGAGCAAGAGAAACCCAAGUCGCCUUUGAAGAUUCAUAGAUCUGAGCCCUUGAAGGAGAACUAUACCCCCAAAUUGCCGGCUGCGAUUCCAACUUCCAGUCCACUGCCGGUGCCAUCGCCUGGUAUUGAUCCGUGGGCAGAAUUGAAUGACAACAGCUCCAUAGCGCAAAUGGACAAGAUGGCAAUGCCUGUAUCGGCGGGCCAGCCAUACACAAGACCCGAGUGGAACCCACCAAAGAAAAACCGACUGUCUAAACCUGUCCCAAAUUCCAGGAAAACAGAAAACGCCCACUCUCAAGACAAGACAACAGUCUCAGAAAAACAAGCGGAAUCCCACAGGCGAAGAGACCGGGGGACUGAAAAGGCCGUCCAUGUCUCAGAACUCGAAGCAACCUCUGUGGCGCCAGAAAAGGAAGCCAAGCACAACUACGAAGCAACGAAGAAGAGUGGAAUUGCUAGUCGCCAACCUACCGACACUGCAAAGGCCACGACUCGUGCAGAAGGAACUAGCCAGGCCAGGCACGACCGAAGUCAGAAGCCGGGUGCUGAACGUGACCCGGACCCAAGGAAAAGGCUGGCGGAGAGAAAGAGAAUGAGACAGAAGGCUGCCAUGAAUGGUGGCUCAUAA